AAAUAAAUAAAUAAAUAAAACAAAAUAGAGAAAAAAUUGUUAACCAUUUUUUUGGGAUUUGUUUAUGUUGUUGCAGAUCGGGAGCUCCAUUCUGGUCUCCUUGAUCGAUGGCACAAAGUGAGGUUUUAGAUUCCGUGAUUCUUCAUUUUGUGUUUUGAUUUUGAAGCUCAUUGAAAUGCACGUUCGAUUUUGAUCUGGAAAUCGAGAUUUGGGUUGUUAUAUUGUUUUGAGAAUUUUCAAUUUUGCUGUUGUGUGGGGAUUUUGUGGAGGAAUUCAAGAUUCCGGUGACCGGUGACUGGCAUUUUGCGGGUUUUGGUUUCGGUUUGAUUAUCUGCGGAGGAUUUGAGGUUCAGAACGGAUCUGUGCCGGCAUUUGUCUGCAUUUAUCGUUUGAAAUUUUUUGUUUAGUUUUUGAGAGUUUGAUGCGUUAAAAGGUGGAUUAAAGAAAAGGCAUUCUGUUUAUUGAGGCUUAGUUGGUUUGAGAGAUGGAUCCAAUAUCUGCAGUCAGUGAAGAGCUAGCGGAAAUCAAUGGCCAAAUCUCCGACAUUUUUCGAGCUUUAUCGAAUGGGUUUCAGAAAUUGGAGAAGAUUAAAGAUGUUAACAGGCAGAGCCGACAGUUGGAAGAGCUUACAGAAAAGAUGCGGGAAUGCAAGAGGCUUAUCAAAGAGUUUGACAAGGAAGUGAAGAACAUGGAGAGCAGAAAUGAUGCAAAUACAAACAGGAUGCUGAAUGAGAAAAAGCAGUCAAUGAUCAAAGAGUUAAAUUCUUACGUUGCUAUGAAAAAACAAUAUCAAAGCAGCCUUGAGAACAACAAACGAGUUGAUCUCUUUGAUGGGCCUAACGAAGGUUAUGGGGAAGAUAAUGUCGUGCUAGCUUCAUCUAUGACAAAUCAGCAGCUUAUAGAUAAAGGAAAUCAGAUGAUGGAUGAGACUGAUCAAGCCAUUGACAGGGCAAAAAAGGUUGUUCACGAGACCAUAAAUGUUGGAACAGAGACAGCAGCAGCCCUCAAGGCUCAGACCGAGCAAAUGAGCAGGGUAGUUAAUGAACUGGACUCAAUCCAUUUCUCUCUCAAGAAAGCUUCUAAAUUGGUCAGAGAACUUGGUAGGCAGGUUGCCACUGAUAGGUGCAUUAUGGCAUUGCUCUUCCUUAUUGUCAUGGGGGUGAUAGCAAUCAUCAUCGUGAAGAUUGUGAAUCCAAACAACAAGAACAUUAGAGAUAUUCCAGGAUUAGCGCCGCCUGCAAUGACUAGGCGAUUAUUAUGGACUCGUGAUUAAAAAGACUCAGCAUCAAGUCGUUUCCAUCUUGUGAUGUCAUGGAUAAUUGUGAUCGGAUUGGAACAAAGAAUAGUAAAUAGCUUGUGUUGGUUGUUGCAGCAGUCAAUUUGUUGAAGAGUUUAGCAGACUUCCUCAAAUAUUGGCAUGAUUAACUGAAUAGCAUCAAACUCCCCUAAACCAAGCGGGAAAUUUAUGUAAAUUAGAUUGCAUCAUAGCUGUAAUAACGCCUGCAUGAUUCUUUUACUGAAUUUGUUCUUACAUUUUUUUUUAAAUUAAUCUGAUUUAUUUAU